GAUAAAUGGCUUCUAAAGACGCAUUUCCGACAUACUGCAAACCAUAGCGUUUAACUACGAACAAAUUCAUCGUUCUGAAGUGAAUGUGAGCGUUAAAUAAUUUGAUGGAGGCGGUUUUGUGGCGUCGCGCGGAAUGAUACACGCUGGGGUGUAGGUCGGCACGGGCUGGCGGAAGUGUGGAAUCAGCCGUAAACAAACGUCAAAUGCAGUAAAGCUGCCAAGCCGAGCACAGCGACGAGAUGUUUGUUAAAGAAGGGCGGCGCACGUUUGCUCCAUCGUCACUCAAAACUUCUCACCGGAGCCGCUUUGAAGCGUCGAGAGCAUUUCUGCGAGCGCCCUUUCCUUCCUUCCUUCCUUUCGCAGUGCAAGUGCUGUAGCGUCAUGUGGAACACGCUAAGGACAAGCUAACGUUGGCUAGCAAAACGAGACCCUGCGUCACUUCCAAACAAUAAGCCAUUUCCAGCACCAAAAUACAAUUAAAUAAAAACGGUUGCGUGAUAAGUGAUCGGCCGUUCGAGCAAACGAGGGGGGGCGGGGGCAACGCGGGAAAAAUAACGCCAUUGCUGACACCGUGAAUGAGGCGGCUAAUGCUAAGCUAGCUCAUUCGACGCGAAACAAUGCAAUUGGUCAAUAAAAAGUCUUUUUUUUUUGCCAAAACUUGCUCUCCCUUGAUUAACAUUAUCGAUUAAACGAGAAAAUAAUAUAUAACUCACUUAGCGUCACAAUUGGCAACACUAGGUCAUUGUUAAUAACACCGGGGGGUCUGGUAUACUUCCUGGAGUGCGUCACUUCCCUGUUGGGCGUUCUGUACUACGAAAGACUUCCAUUUCUUACUUAUCAAUACACAAAUUUUCAUCGAUUUUACUUAAUCUUGUAAAAUGAAACUCCAACAUGCUCUCAAAAAAACGAAUGAAACAGUCACAUUAGCGCCCUUACGCCGAGGGUGCUCCAGGAAUUAGACAGUACCCAGGCUCCCGUGUUAUUGAAACGAGGACUACUUUUACUAUUGUGGAUUUAAUGUUUAUCACAUGUGUGAUAACCGGUAUUAUUCAAAUAAACUGUAACGUCAUAUUUAACCGCGUAUUUAUUUAUAGUUGACUAGUAGUAUUGGUAGUAGUAUGGCUGCAAACAACACAGGCCUGAUGUUUCCACUAAUAGAAGCAGGCAGAGUUUCAGGCCUGGUAAAUAAAGCUUGGACAUUUCCAGUUAAUAUGGAACCUAAUGGCCGCCAGGAUUGAGAAAUAAUAUACCACGGCGGCUGCAGGCAAAACUGCUCCUCCUGCACUGAUCACACAGCUUGUGCGGAUUAACAGACAUGACUUAAUCUCAAAACGUGGGUGCAGCAAUGGAGGGGAAGAUGAAAGAUAGAUGUUGUUUAAAAAAAAAAAAGGCCUCAUUCGACAGUUCUGCACAGUGGUUUCGCAGGGGAUUAGAGGAGGAUGCAUUAGGGAGUGCAUUGGAAUCAUCACCAUGGUGUGCACACAUGGUGACUUGGAUUUUCUCCUCCAUCACCUCAGGUAGAAUAACUCCAUCGUGAAGACUUCCUUGCACGCGUGCAGCCUCUUUUAAACCCGAAGAGUGGCCACACAUCUAUCACAAUGUCCAUACAGGAUAGUGCAUUGUUGUAGCAGCAGUGGCAGUAAUCAGCACUGACCACACGAGGGCGCUGCUUCCUUUGUGAUUGUAGAAUUGAUUUUUAAAGGCCUACUGAAAUGAGAUUUUCGUAUUUUAAACGGGAAUAGCAGGUCCAUUCUAUGUGUCAUACUUGAUCAUUUCACGAUAUUGCCAUAUUUUUGCUGAAAGGAUUUAGUAGAGAACAUCGACGAUAAAGUUCGCAACUUUUGGUCGUUAAUAAAAAACCCUUGCCUGUACCGGAAGUAGCAGACGAUGUGCGCGUGACGUCACCGGUUGUAGGGCUCCUCACAUCCUCACAUUGUUUAUAAUCAUAGCCACCAGCAGCAAAUGCAAUUCGGACAGAGAAAGCGACGAGUUCCCCAUUAAUUUGAGGGAAGAUGAAAGAUUCGUGGAUGAGGAAAGCUAGAGUGAAGCUCUAAAAAAGAAAAGGCGACGGCUCCAGGCGGCGGCAGUGUGAGCGAUUCAGUUGUUAUUAGACACAUUUACUAGGAUAAUUCUGGAAAAUCCCUUAUCUGUUUAUUGUGUUAAUAGUGUUUUAGUGAGAUUCUGAAGUCAUACCUGAAAGUCGGAGGGCUGCGGUAAACGCCAGUGUCUUUAGAGAAGCCAAUGGAGGAGCCAAGAUCACAGCUGCCUUUUUGACAGCUACAGGAGGAGGUCGCAUAAUCCACUCAAGUCUCUGGUAAGAGCCAACUUAAUUUCACAAUUUUCCCAUCCAAAAACUUGCGGGUUGACGUAGAGAAACAUGUUCGCUUCACCGCUCUGUGUUAAAAGUUCACAACAAACAAACACCGGCUCUGUUACAAAUUCAGAACAAUGAAAUGGGAUAAAAUUGCUAUGAUAUGAAAAGGGGUAUGAUUAAAUAAGCUCUGCUUCUUCCAACUCCUUUUCGGACGUGCUGUAAUGAAACAACUGGAAAUAUGUGAUGCUUUACAUUGCAUGUUCGAGAUAAACUGAAUUUUGUCGUUGUUGUCUCUCAUUAAUGCCAUACAGUAGUGUUGGUAAUGUGUCCCAAAGUAGGUAAAAGUAGUUCCUCAGGGUUAGAGCUUACAAUAACAAUAUCACUAAUACUUGGUUAAUAUUCAGGUCAAAACAUGUAAAUGUAGUAUUGUUGGCGCUUUUUGGAUGUUUUUUUUUUUAGAGUUCUUUCAUUAGCUGCAUUGUUAUGUACUUUACUUAGACGUAUGUGUUCUUGUUUUACAUCAGGAUUGUGAAUGAUAGGCACAAUUCCCAAAAAGUGCAGUUCCCCUUUAAGGUGUUACCUUGUAUUGUGUAUUUUAUUUAACAGGGUGCUAUUUUAAAAUGUGUAUUGUUUGUAUGGUGUGUUACAAUAUGUUAAAAUCCCAGCUAAGGACUAGAGUUGAAAAUAAGCAUUAGCUUUAAACUAUUUUAGUAAAGUACACCAAUUGCGUUUAUUGUUUUGGAACUAUGAUGAACUGUAUGGUCCCUAUUCAAAUUAAAUUCUAUACUGUAUGAUAUUGUAAUAUUUUUCUGGUCAUCCCACGGACAUCUUAGAAGUCUUGCACCCCCGGUAGCCUGGCUAACUUUUGUUUUGUUCCUUAAACCUGCAGCAUUUUUGUCAAACACUCGGGAUUAUGUGUUGUUUUUCUGGUUUUGGAUCAUUGCUGCGUUUGUCGAGCACAGAACAAAUCACAUAAAAAUAUCAUUCCAAUUGUAUCAGUCGCAGCUCUGUUGUGGGUUUUGUCGGCAUCUGCUGGCGGAAAGGAGCUACUGCAUCAUGUGUAAUGAAUAAAGUUUAUUAAUAAGACAGAAAGUAACAUUUCAUGAAGGAAUGUGUUGUGUUUUAAACUAAAAGCUCUCACUUUGUAGAUAUGAAUGCAGUUAAAAGGCUGUGAAGAGUUCAGAGCAGUGGUGUCCAAAGUGCGGUCCGCGAGCCAAUUGUGGCCCGCAGCUCGGGUUUUGUUGGCCUACAACCAAAAGUAAAAAUGCGGACAAGCAGCCCAAAGUGUGCGCCUGCUUUUGGGGUCAAAUUACGCGCAGAGGCACUGGGAGGGACUUGUCGUGCAUGUGGACAAGAAGAAGGAGUCCUCCCUCCUCCUCCUCCUUCUCCUCCAUCCCGCUGCCCUCCCCGCUCCUCCUUCGCGGACACCGUCAGGGUCUUUCCGGGCCAGUCCGCCGUGAGAGGUACACCUCAGCAGAGAGUCCUUCCCCGGGCAGGCAGGAGGCGAGCGUGUCGGCCCGUGCUGAUCUUAUUACGCGCCAUCAUGCUGGCCAGCAGCGAGAAGUCAGUGGGUCCCCCGAGCAGGCAGCAAAGACCAAAGGUGGCCGAGAAGACCAUGGACCCCAUUCAGAGGCUCGGUCUGCUGGACAACGAGGACGUCCGCGUCAUGAUGCAAGGCUCCAACAUGGUCAAAGUCCGCUCCUUGAGGUGGCAGAAGAGCCGAAGCCUCCGUCUGCUGGAGGACGGGCUCACCGUGUGGUGCGAGUCGUCCAAAAGCUCCCGCAAGGCCAAGGCCCGUCAGACGUUUGCGGUUACCGAGGUGGAAUGCGUGCGUGAGGGCUGCCAGUCGGAGGCGCUGAGGCGUCUGUCUGGUUCGGUGCCGGACAACCGCUGCUUCACGGUGGUGUUCCGGGGAGCCAGGAAGAGUCUGGACCUUCUUUGCCCGUGUGAGGAUGAAGCGCAGCGCUGGGUGCGAGGGCUGCGCACCUUAAAAGAGCGCGUCGCCAACAUGACGCAGAAGGAGAAGCUGGACCAUUGGAUCCGCGGCUACCUGCGGCGAGCGGACCAGAACCAGGAUGGCAAGAUGAGCUACGACGAAGUCAAGCAUCUGUUGCAGAUGAUCAACAUUGACCUGAGUGAGCAGUACGCUCGCAAUCUCUUCAAAAGGUGCGACCGAUCUGGGGACAGCCGCCUGGACCACAACGAGAUCGAGGAGUUCUGCAGAGAGCUGCUGCGCCGGCCCGAGCUGGACGCCGUCUUCCGCCACUACUCGAGUAACGGCUGCGUGCUCUCCACCGCCGAGCUGCGCGACUUCCUGGGCGACCAAGGCGAGGACGCGUCCCUGUCGCACGCGCAGAGUCUCAUACUCACCUACGAGCUCAACGACUGGGCUCAGAAGAACCAGUUCAUGACCCAGAAUGGCUUCACCAUGUACAUGCUGUCGGGGGAGAAUGACAUUUUCAACCCCGACCACGCCAGAGUCUACCAGGACAUGAGGCGCCCCCUGGCCCACUACUUUAUCUCCUCCUCCCACAACACCUACCUCACCAAGGACCAAGUGACCAGCGCCAGCAGCACCGAGCCCUACAUCCGGGCAUUAAAUCAAGGCUGUCGCUGUGUGGAGUUGGACUGCUGGGAUGGCGACAAAGGCGAACCGGUCAUAUACCAUGGUCACACGCUCACCUCCAAAGUGCCUUUCAAGGAGGUCAUCGAGACCAUCGCCCAGUACGCCUUUAAGGCGUCCCCGUACCCUUUAAUCCUGUCCCUGGAGAACCAUUGUUCCGUGGAGCAGCAGGUGGUCAUGGCCAAACACCUUCACAACAUCCUGGGCCACAAGCUGCUCACCAAGCCCAUCAGCAGCCAGACGCUUAAGGAUCUACCUUCACCUGAGGACCUGAGGGGACGUAUCCUGGUCAAAGGGAAGAAGCAAAUCCCUCACCUGGGCCAGCUGGGCAAGAACGGCAGCUACGGCAGCUUCUCCUCCAGCUCUGAAGACGAACAAGCAAGCAGCAACAAGAACACGCCCAAGAAAGAUCCGGUCAAGGCCUGCUCCAAGUUGAGCGUGGAGCUGUCCGAGCUGGUGGUGUACUGCAGGAGCGUCCCUUUCUGCGGCUUCGCAAACGUGUGCGACAGACCCCCCGAAGAAAUGUCCUCCUUCUCAGAGAACGACGCCCUCAAGCUCAUCAAAGACUCUGGCAAGCUUUUUGUACGACACAACAGCAGGCAGCUGAGCCGGAUCUACCCCUCGGGCCAGCGCUUGCAGUCAUCCAACUAUGAUCCCCAGGAAAUGUGGAACUGCGGCUGCCAGAUGGUGGCUCUGAACUUUCAGACGCCCGGCGAGCAGAUGGACCUGAACCAGGGCCGCUUCCUGCCAAACGGCCGCUGCGGCUACGUCCUGAAGCCCGGCUUCCUGUGUUCCGGCGACUCCGACUUCAACCCGGAAAACACGGGCGGCGGCCCCGGCCACAUCCCCACCCAGCUGACUAUACGAGUAAUAUCAGCGCAGCAACUUCCAAAAAUCAAUACGGUCAAGGCAAGCUCCAUUGUGGACCCACGGGUGUGGGUGGAAAUCCACGGGGUGGCUAUCGACAACACCCGAGACAAAACCCAUCGCAUUGACAACAACGGUUUCAACCCACGCUGGGACUGCACGCUCAGCUUCCAACUGCAGGUGCCGGAGCUGGCCCUGGUGCGCUUCAUGAUCGAGGACCACGACCACACGGCCAAAAACGACUUCGUGGGACAGUACACGUUACCGUUCACCAGCCUGCGCACAGGCUACAGACACGUCCACUUGCUGAAGGCGGACGGGUCCAGGCUGGCCCCGGCCACGCUCUUCGUCCACGUCCAGGUGGCCCGCAAAGGAGUGCCCAUCAAAAUUGUGCCUGAAGGUUCGGAUUCUCCUAAAGUGUGACCUCCAUUGGAAUAAUGUGACAAAAGUCAACUCCGAAUAACUAAAAUGUCAAGUUAUAGAGUACAGUUCCAUCCAUCCAUCCGUCCAUCUUCUACUGCUUGACCCUCUCGGAGUCGCGGUUGUUCCUGGAAAAGAUGAUUAUUAGUGUUUAGCCACCAAACGAUACGAUCCAAAUCCAAUUCUUGGGGGUCACGAUUCAUUUCAGAAUGUGUUUUUGAUUCAAAUCAAUUCUCGCAAUGAAUUAUUUAGUAGGGGUGUGAAUCUUUGGGCACCUAACGAUUCGAUUUGAUUCCUGGGGUGAUGAUUCAAUUCAGAAUCGAUUCUCGAUUCAACAUGAUUCUUGAUUCAAAUUCAUUCAAACCGCUUCUCACAAUGUCAUAUUUGGCGUUAUACUGAUGAAGAAACUUUCUGAAAACAGGUGACAAGUUUUAAAAGCUCCUUCUGGUUGCAAAACAUAUUUUAUUAAAAAGUGAUUCUUAUAAAAUAAAGUGAAAUAAUAAUUUUUUAAAUUUUGUUUAUUUUUCAAAGUUAUUUUUUUGAAACUUAUGAAUUGAUUUAGAAACAGAAUGAAUACGAAUCGUGAUUUGAAUGUGAAUCGAUUUUUUUAUGCACACCAAUUACCGUAUUUUCUUAGAUUGCCGCUGGGGCGCUAAUUUAUUUAAAACCUCUUCUCACUCCUGCGCUUACCAAAGGCAUGCGGUAAAAGUAAGCAUGCGCUAAUUAUUUUAAAACCUCUUCUCACUCCGGCACUUACCAAAAGCAUGCAGUAAAAAUUUGAGUGUGAUGUAAGCUUGGGCCUUAAAUCCUACUAAAUAGCUCUUAAUCUUCUUCCCUUUAUGCGAUUUCAAAUUACCGGUAUUGAAGCCAGCUACCUCCAUUUUAAAAAUGAUGACAGGGGAAGUGUCACUCGUGACGUCACGAGUUUGACCAGGCGGUAAUACUAAGCAUGCGCUAAUUAUUUUGCGAAGCGAGUUUGACCCGGCAGUAAUUCAAGGCAGGCGCAUACUAUAUAUGCCCUGCGGCAAUUCAAGGAAAUACGGUAGUUGGUUUUAAUGAUUUUAAUGAAACUUUCAAAACAAGUUACAGGUUAGAAAACCUCCUUCUGCAUGCAUGCAAAUGACUUAAAAACUUAUUUUUAAAAACUGAUUCUUUAGAAUGAAUAAGAAUCGGGAUUCAGAUGUAAAUGAAUUUUUUUGUGCACCCCUAAUGAUUAUUAAUACUGUCACCAAUUAACAAUAAUUGCGAAUUAGAUAAAUAACAAAGGAAUGUGUUUUAAUUUUAUUACUCUUACUGUACUUUGGCACUUUUAAAGUGGAAAUGCAUUUUUGGGGGAAUUUUGCCUAUCAUUAACUACCCCUAUGAGAGACAAGAACACCAAUGUAUUUUUCCUUUUUUUUUUUGCAUUCCAACAUGUAAUAAUCAGCCCGUUCCAGGUGGAUAGCAAUGCUGCAAGUGGAGCAAUGCUGCAAGUGGAGCAAUGCAUCACUCUAAAAAUGCAUUUCAAAAACCACCAGCAAUUCUUUAUUUACAUUUCAUUACCUGUAUAACAACCAAGCUGUAUCAACAUUGUUAUUGUAAGAGCAAACACUGAGGACCUCUUUUUCUAGCGUAGUAACACAUCGCCUUGCAACGGCAUGCUACGGCAUUAGCCUUAAACACGCUUUUGCGUCAGCAGCUGAAUGGCUUUUUAGUUUUUAAUACACAACACAAUGUGACAGGACACCAAUGUGUUUUCACUGAAAAACAUGAACAAUCAUAUUACAGUAUCUGUAAAGUAUUAGCCCACAUGUUUAUGUUUUUUAGUACACAGCUAGCUUGACAGUAUAUGUACUGUAGUUAUACUAAAAAGCAUGAUGACUCACUUGUUGGACAGUUAUCAGUUUGGUCCAGCUGUCCAGGGAUGUUUCCAGUAGAUUUUGGGUAAGCACUCCAUUUCUGUCGGAAUAGCUUGCCUCCAAGUUCAGCAUUUACAGUAUCAAGUCACGACGGUCCUGAAUCACUCGGCUUACAUAUGUUCCAACCUUUCAUCCUCUGUUCGCUUAGCUUCUCAUUGGUCCUCUGUAUAUUCAGCUUCAGAAAAGACAAGGUUGUGCCUCAUUUGUCCAAAAAUAAUAUAUAUUUUUUGUCGUCCAUGAAUAGAAGUGAAGUGAAUUAUAUUUAUAUAGCGCUUUUUCUCUAGUGACUCAAAGCGCUUUACAUAGUGACACCCAGUAGCUAAGUUACAUUCAAACCAGUGUGGGUGGCACUGGAAGCAGGUGGGUAAAGUGUCUUGCCCAAGGACACAACGGCAGUGACUAGGAUGGCGGAAGCGGGAAUUGAACCUACAACCCUCAAGUUGCUGGCACGGCCACUCUACCAACCGCCCCAACACACUCGCGUUUGUUGCCAGUAAAAGGAAGUGCUUUGCACUGAAAUAAAUGCACCCAGGAAAUAUGUUUUGGUAAUGAUUAAAAUGACCAAAAUAUGGUAAUUAUUGCACAUAUUACAUAUUGUAAUGAAUAUAUCUGUUACUACAUUAUAUAUAUAUAUAUAUAUAUAUAUAUAUAUAUAUAUAUAUAUAUAUAUACUUGCAGUGUGUACAUAAAAGGAUGAUGGGGGGUUGUGAAGGUGUUUUAGAGGGCUUUGAAGGCAACAUAGAGGACUCCCAUUAGCUGCAUCCUGCAAGCGUUUUAUUUAUUUUAGUCCGUCCAUCCAUCCAUUUCCUACCGCUUGUCCCUUUCGGGAUUGCGGUGGGUGCUGGAGCUUUUCUCAGCUGCAUUCGGGUGGAAGGCGGGGUGCACCCUGGACAACUCGCCACAUCGUCACAGGGCCAACACAGAUAGACAGACAACAUUCAAACUCACAUUCACACACUAGGGCCAAUUUUAGUGUUGCCAAUUAACCUAUCCCCAGGUGCAUGUCUUUGGAGGUGGGAGGAAACCGGAGUACCCGGACAGAACCGGCGCAGUCACGGGGAGAACAGGCAAACUCCACACACAAAGAUCCUGAGCCUGGGAUUGAACUCAGGACCUUCGUAUUGUGAGGCACAUGCACUAAACCCUGUACCGCAAUGCUGUUACUUUUAGUAUCCUAAAAAAAAAGGACAUGUGUUCUUAUCUCUCAUAAAGAUUGUGAAUGAUAGGCAAAAUUCCAAAAAAGUGCAGUUCCUUUUUAAUAUCUCUUAUAUGUUUUUUUUUACCUCCACGACUUGAACUUAAUGAGCAGUAUUAUCUUAAAGGCAAACGUUUACUCGUCCUCUCUAUGCUACAUUUCACAUGAGCUUACCAGUUGAGUCAACGCACAUUAGACUUUUGUAUGUUUGCUCACAAAUCUUCCUUGUCCUCUGUGUUGCCAAAACAUUGCAAAUUCAUUAGAUGAUGUUCUUUGUAUUGAAUUGGGAAAUGGUCCCUAUACAUGAAGUGUUGCGCAUGGAUUACUUAGUGUAGGACUUUCAAUAAAUGUCCAAAAUAUCUUAAUUUAAACCUUGCAGUAUUACAAGUUGUUAACAUAUGUUUAGUUUCAUGCAGUGGUUUAUUUAUUUUAACUAAUAACUUCAUUGCUAAUGACAUGAUAUAUAAUGUUUUAUUACAUACAGAUCAGCUCAAAGUCAUUAAUACCAUUGUCUCAUUCUGUGUUUAUCCUCGUUUUGUAACAAAGCACUUACAGGUGCGAUUUGUCUUUUUAACAAACACUUCUUAAUGCCCUCCUGCAAGUGCCAAUAAAGUUUUAUUAAUAGA